AUGGAGAAAGCUGGGGGUGAGACACCUGGGAGCCCUGACCAGUCCUUCCUGGCGACUCUGAGUGACCCACAGGUGGCCUUGCUGUCCGUUCACAAGUGGCAGUCCAUCAGGAGGAGCCCUGGGGCCAGGGGCUCCACCAGGCAGGGGACUUCAGAGGAGGAAGGCUCUCUUCCAUCAGAGGAGGGAGAAUUUUCACGGAAGGUUUUGAAUGGAACACGAGAACUCAGUUCCAGUCAGAUCCUAUCUAAACUUUCUGUGCCUGCUCAUGGCUGGGAACCAGCGAUGAAGCAGAGUUUCGCCUUUGACAAUAUUGGCUACGAAGAUAGUCUGGACGGUGUAUGCCCUUCUCAGACGACCGCCGGCACCAUCAGCAUUUGGGGCAUGACUUGCCAGUCGUGUGUAAAGUCUGUCGAGGGCAGGAUUUCCAGUUUGAAAGGCAUCAUGAGCAUUACGGUUUCCCUGGAACAAGGCAGUGCUACUGUGAAAUAUAUGCCAUCGGUCGUGAGCCUGCCAGAGGUUUGCUGUCAAAUUAAAGACAUGGGCUUCGAGGCCAGCAUCGCAGAAGGAAAGUCCGUCUCCUGGCCCUCAGGGGCCUCGACUGCCCUGGAGGCCGUGGUCAAGCUGCGGGUGGAGGGCAUGACCUGCCAGUCCUGUGUCAGCUCCAUAGAAGGCAAGAUUGGGAAACUGCAAGGAGUAGUGAGAGUCAGAGUCUCACUCAGCAACCAGGAGGCAGUCAUCACUUAUCAGCCUUAUCUUAUUCAACCCCAAGAGCUCAGGGACCAUGUAAACGACAUGGGGUUUGAAGCUGUCAUCAAGAGCAAAGUGCCUCCGUUAAGCCUGGGACCAAUCGAUAUUGGGCGGUUACAGAGCACUAACCCAAAGAAACCUUCAGCUUCUGCUAACCAGAAUUUCAGUAACUCUGAGACCUUGGGGCACCAAGGGAGCCACAUAGUCACUCUGCAACUAAGAGUGGAUGGAAUGCAUUGUAAGUCUUGUGUCCUGAAUAUUGAAGAAAAUAUAGGCCAACUCUUGGGGAUUCAAAAUAUUCAAGUGUCCUUGGAGAACAGAACUGCCCAAGUACAGUAUGACCCUUCUCGUGUCUCCCCGGGGGCCCUGCGGAGGGCCAUUGAGGCUCUUCCGCCUGGAAACUUUAAAGUUUCACUUCCUGAUGGCACAGAAGGGAGUGGGACAGAUAACAGGUCUUCCACACGUCGCUCCCCCAGCCCCCUGCAGAAGACCCAGGUGCAAGGCACAUGCUGUACUGUGGUGCUUGCCAUUGCUGGCAUGGCCUGUGCAUCCUGUGUCCAGUCCAUCGAAGGCCUGAUCUCCCAAAGGGAAGGCGUACAGCGAGUAUCAGUCUCUUUGGCUAAAGGGACGGGGACAGUUCUCUAUGAUCCUUCUGUAACUAACCCAGAGGAACUCCGCACUGCUGUAGAGGACAUGGGAUUUGAGGCGUCAGUCAUCUCUGAAAACUGUUCUAGCAACCAUGUUGGAAACCACACUGCGGAGAAUUCCAUGGUGCAAACUGCGGCUGACUCACCUGUGUCUGUGCAGGAAGUGGCUCCUGACGCUAGGGGGCUCCCUAAAAACCACAGCUCUGGCUGCUCGUCAAAGUCCCCGCAAGCCCCUGCAACAGUGGCACCACAAAAGUGCUUUCUACAGGUCACAGGCAUGACCUGUGCGUCCUGUGUGUCUGUCAUAGAGAGAAACCUGCAGAAAGAAGCUGGUAUUCUCUCCGUGCUGGUUGCCUUGAUGGCCGGAAAGGCAGAGGUUAAGUAUAAUCCGGAAGUCAUCCAGCCACUUGAGAUAGCUCAGCUCAUCCAGGACUUGGGCUUUGAGGCAGCAGUAAUGGAAGACUACGCAGGCUCAGAUGGCGACGUUGAGCUGAUCGUCACGGGGAUGACCUGUGCUUCCUGCGUUCACAACAUCGAGUCCAAACUCAUGAGGACCAACGGCAUCACCUACGCCUCCGUGGCCCUCACCACCAGCAAAGCCCACGUGAAGUUUGAUCUUGAAAUUAUAGGUGCGCGGGAUAUUGUCAAAAUUAUUGAGGAAUUGGGCUUUCGUGCUUCUCCAGCCCAGAGAAACCCCAACGCUCAUCACUUGGACCACAAGGCGGAAAUAAAGCAGUGGAAGAAGUCUUUCCUGUGCAGCCUGUUGUUUGGCAUCCCUGUUAUGGGUUUAAUGAUCUAUAUGUUGAUACCCAGCAAUGAGCCCCAUGAGUCUAUGGUCCUGGACCACAACAUCAUUCCAGGACUGUCCAUUCUAAAUCUCAUCUUCUUUAUCUUGUGUACCUUUGUCCAGUUCCUCGGUGGGUGGUACUUCUACGUUCAGGCCUACAAAUCUCUGAGGCACAGGUCGGCCAACAUGGAUGUGCUCAUCGUGCUGGCCACGAGCAUCGCCUAUGUCUACUCCGUCGCCAUCCUGGUGGUGGCCAUUGCCGAGAAGGCUGAGAGGAGCCCUGUGACCUUCUUUGACACGCCUCCCAUGCUCUUCGUGUUCAUUGCCCUGGGGCGGUGGCUGGAACACGUGGCAAAGAGCAAAACCUCAGAAGCCCUUGCCAAACUCAUGUCUCUCCAAGCCACAGAAGCCACUGUCGUGACCCUUGGCGAGGACAAUUUAAUCAUCAGAGAGGAGCAAGUACCAAUGGAGCUGGUGCAGCGGGGUGAUGUCAUCAAGGUUGUCCCUGGGGGAAAGUUCCCAGUGGAUGGGAAAGUCCUGGAAGGCAAUACUAUGGCUGACGAGUCCCUCAUCACAGGAGAAGCCAUGCCAGUCACUAAGAAACCCGGAAGCACAGUGAUUGCUGGGUCUAUAAAUGCACAUGGCUCUGUGCUUGUUACUGCCACCCAUGUGGGCAACGACACCACUUUGGCUCAGAUUGUGAAAUUGGUGGAAGAGGCUCAGAUGUCAAAGGCACCCAUUCAGCAACUGGCUGACCGCUUUAGUGGAUAUUUUGUCCCAUUUAUCAUCAUCAUUUCCACUUUGACGUUGGUGGUAUGGAUUAUAAUCGGUUUUAUCGAUUUUGGUGUUGUUCAGAAAUACUUUCCCACCCCCAACAAGCAUAUCUCUCAGGCAGAGGUGGUCAUCCGGUUUGCGUUCCAGACGUCCAUCACGGUGCUGUGCAUCGCCUGCCCCUGCUCUCUGGGCUUGGCCACGCCCACGGCGGUAAUGGUGGGCACCGGGGUGGCCGCCCAGAACGGCAUCCUCAUCAAGGGAGGCAAGCCUCUGGAGAUGGCCCACAAGAUAAAGACUGUGAUGUUUGACAAAACUGGCACCAUUACCCAUGGGGUCCCAAAAGUCAUGCGGGUCCUCCUGCUUGUGGACAUGGCCACGCUGCCCCUCAGGAAGGUUCUUGCUGUGGUGGGGACUGCAGAGGCCAGCAGCGAGCACCCCUUGGGUGUGGCAGUCACCAAAUACUGUAAAGAGGUGCUUGGAACAGAGACCCUCGGGUACUGCACGGACUUCCAGGCGGUGCCGGGCUGUGGAAUCGGCUGUAAAGUCAGCAGCGUGGAAGGCAUCCUGGCCCACAGCGAGCACCCGCCGAGAGAGGGGACGGCUCACCUGAACGGGGUUGGCAGCGUUCCCACAGACACAGAUGCGGCCCCCCAGACCUUCUCUGUGCUGAUUGGGAACCGCGAAUGGAUGAGGCGCAAUGGCUUAACCAUCUCCAGCGACAUCAGUGACUCUAUGACAGAUCAUGAGAUGAAAGGCCAGACGGCCAUCUUGGUGGCUAUUGAUGGUGUGCUCUGCGGGAUGAUCGCCAUCGCCGAUGCUGUCAAGCAGGAGGCCGCCCUGGCUGUGCACACCCUGAAGAGCAUGGGUGUGGAUGUGGUUCUGAUCACGGGGGACAAUCGGAAGACAGCCAGAGCCAUUGCCACCCAGGUUGGCAUCAACAAAGUCUUUGCGGAGGUGCUGCCUUCUCACAAGGUGGCCAAGGUCCAGGAGCUCCAGAACAAAGGGAAGAGAGUCGCCAUGGUGGGAGACGGGGUCAACGACUCCCCGGCCUUGGCGCAGGCUGACAUGGGCAUUGCCAUCGGGACAGGCACAGAUGUGGCCAUUGAGGCGGCUGACGUUGUCCUCAUCAGGAAUGAUUUGCUCGACGUGGUGGCUAGCAUUCACCUCUCCAAGAAGACUAUCCGGAGAAUACGACUCAAUCUGGUGCUGGCGCUGAUUUAUAACCUGGUUGGGAUUCCCAUUGCAGCAGGUGUCUUCAUGCCUAUCGGCAUCGUGCUGCAGCCAUGGAUGGGCUCAGCGGCCAUGGCGGCCUCCUCUGUGUCUGUGGUUCUCUCGUCGCUGCAGCUCAAGUGCUAUAAGAAGCCCGAUAUGGAGAGGUACGAGGCCCAGGCCCAGGGCCGCAUGAAGCCCCUGACCGCAUCUCAGGUCAGUGUGCACAUCGGCAUGGAUGACCGGCGGCGGGACCCCCCCAGAGCCACACUCUGGGACCAGGUCAGCUACGUCAGCCAGGUGUCUCUGUCCUCCCUGAAGUCCGACAAGCUGUCUCGGCACAACACUUCGGCCAACAAUGGUGGAGACAAGUGGUCUCUGCUCCUGAAUGACAGGGAUGAGGAGCAAUACAUCUGAAAGCUCCAGGCAGGUGCAGACCCAGGGGCCCAUCUCCUGGUUGAGCAGCCGGCCUGGCCCUCCCUGUGGAUGAGGCUUGAACCGAACAAGUGCAGCACCAGC